AUGCCGCCAGCUGAAAAUUCAGAGGCUGGUCGUCUCUUGAAAUCUCAACCCCGCGAUUCUGCCUCUUACACCAUGGCUGAUAAGGAAGAAGAGCGCAAAGCCUAUGGGGCGAUUAAUAACGAUGGGAGGAGGAAUAGCCUUGUCGACGCUGCUGAUGACGAAGCAAUUAUUCCCAGGGGGGGUUUGGAUCCUGUUUAUGAGGCGAAAGCUCGUAUCUUGAACCGUGCUAUUCAAGAUCUCGGCAUGGGGCGGUAUCAGUGGGAGCUUUUCGUCGUCAUAGGCUUUGGCUGGGCUAGCGAUAAUCUCUGGCCUAUCGUCACGUCGCUUAUUCUUACACCUGUCGCCAAUGAGUUCAGUGUAAACAAUCCGCCAUAUCUCACGCUGGCGCAGAACAUUGGUCUUCUUGGAGGUGCAAUUUUUUGGGGAUUCGGGUGUGAUAUUUUUGGGCGAAAAUGGGCAUUCAACAUCACUCUUGGUCUCACGGCAAUUUGGGGCCUCAUUUCAGCCAGCGCCCCCAAUUUCGCAGCCAUUGGCAUUUUCGACGCAUUGUGGUCUUUUGGUGUUGGUGGGAAUUUACCAGUUGACUCGGCCAUUUUUCUCGAGUUUCUACCGGCAUCUCAUCAAUACCUCCUCACAAUUCUCUCCAUUGACUGGGCCAUUGCACAAGUCAUCGGUACACUCAUCGCAUGGCCACUUUUGGGUAACUAUACAUGCGAACAAGAUACAGUCUGUCGACGAAAGGAUAACAUGGGAUGGCGAUAUUUUACCAUUACUGUUGGUGGACUAACACUUCUCAUGUUCCUUGUUCGCUUUGUUCUGUUCAAGAUCUACGAGUCACCCAAGUAUCUCAUGAGCAAGGGUCGCGAUGAAGAGGCUGUUAGGGUUGUGCACACCGUGGCCAAGAAGAAUGGAAAGACGUCAACGCUCAGUCUCGAGGAUCUGAAGGCUUGUGAACCCGAAGGUUACGUUGCCCAGACAGAUACCAGCGCCGCGUUGAAGCGAUAUCUGGAGAAGGUCGACCUGUCGCAUGUCAAGGCGCUCUUCGUCACGAGAAAGCUCGGCCUCAGUACGGGAUUGAUCAUGGCAGUUUGGGCACUCAUCGGUCUUGGAUACCCCCUCUAUAACGCUUUCAUUCCGUAUAUCCAGGCGACCAAGGGUGCCGACUUUGGCGAUGGAAGCACAUACCUCACAUACCGAAACAGUCUCAUCAUUGCUGUUCUUGGUGUACCUGGUGCACUUCUGGGAGGAUGGCUCGUUGAGUUACCACGGCUGGGACGAAAGGGUACGUUGUCACUCAGUACCAUACUCACCGGCGUGUUUCUCUACUGCUCCACGACUGCUACGACAAGCGAUGCUUUGCUUGGAUGGCAAUGCGCUUUCAACUUCUUCAGCAAUAUCAUGUACGCGGUUUUGUACUCCUUCACGCCAGAGUUAUUCCCCACGCCUCACCGUGGAACAGGCAACGCGCUGUGUGCUUCCUGUAACAGAAUCUUUGGCAUCAUGGCACCUAUCAUUGCUAUUUUUGCAAAUUUGAAAACAUCUGCCCCUGUAUAUACAAGUGGCGCAUUAUUCAUAGCAGCUGGACUCUUGGUAUUGAUGAUGCCUUUUGAGUCUAGAGGCAAAGCUGCAUUAUGA